GAUGGCUACCACGACAUCGAGCAUGUUGUCUGGUCGUGUAUCCGGUUCCAUGCUGCUCGCUCUCAGCUCUCUAGAGCACUGAGAGCACAAGGCAGACAAUCGGAUAUCCCCGUCCGGGAUAUCUUAGGUAGCCGGGAUCCUGAUCAUCUGCUUCAUCUAUACCUGUUCCUCAGAAACGCCGAUGUCAACGUUUAAUGAUGUUUCCUUCGUUGUGUCCCCGUUUCAUAUCCCUCCUAUCCGAUCGAUAAACUUUUACUUAGUCGCGGCAAUACAUACACACACUCUUUACAGAUGCACGGGCCGAAGGUUGUGCAGUCCACUGAUCAUUCAACAAGAGCCAAAGGUUGUACCGCUCAUGACAACUCUACACGAACUGAUGAUUGCGCCGGCUAGUGACCAUUCUAUCCUGGAUUCCUCGAGUCGAGAAAUACGCACUACGCUAGAUAUGGGGUACAGACUAGGGAGCGUUGCUGAUUAAUGGUCAGCUGCAUCCCAAUAGGAAGUAGCCCGUGUCGGGCACACGUAUAGAGCAUCGAAAACUGCAACAUACCAAUUAUGAGAACACUUGUAAUACUAACCUCGAGCCAACCGCGAGUAAUCGGUUACAUAUUACUAACAUAGUUGUAAGACAAAAAUUGUCAAAAUAUUGGACUCCCGGCCCCGUCAGACUAACGCCACAUGUGCCUUAAUAAAAAAUAUAUUUUGGAAAAAAAAAAGAAUAUACCCUAGAAAGGACAUUUCUAAAAUCCCAUUUUUUACCGAGUUAUUGCCCUUUUUAUGAUCCUCUAUCCUCGUCCUCGACACAAAACUUCAAACUUUGUGGGAAAAGAGAAAAACCACAAGGUGUGAAAUCAUGUGAAUACGGCAGACGAUUUAGGAACUAGACGCGAUAUCGAGUUAACAAUUAAUGUGAUUUCAGUGAUUUGUGACUAGGUGCAUUUUUAAAAUAGUCCAAUUCGUCGAAUUCGACGGACUCUGGCCAGCAAAUUCUUCAAAAUUUUGAGAUAAUCAAAAUUUUGAGAUAAUCAGAUUUUGAGAUAAUCAAAAUUUUGAGAUAAUCUCCAUCGAAACCCAGUUGAGACACUGUGUAUGAUACCCAAUGUCUGCAUACGAAAAUGUUGAUUGUUUUAAUUCGGAAAUCAUAAGUUUGGUGUCCUUGUUAAGCCUCGUGUCCAAUUCAAUUCUGUUUCGAUUGCAUGAAAAUAUAGAAAAAAAUAUCAAUUAUAGCUACAGUACUUGUACGCUAACUGGGCUGAAAAGGCAGCUCGAAUUCCACUCGCUAACUGGGCAGACAUGUCAAACGUCAAAUGAAACUGAGGGAAAGUUCAAUUAAUUGUCCAUUGUUAAACAUCGUAAGAAAGGUUUCCACAAAAAUUUCAUGCUAUUUAAUGAAGUGUUUUUGUCAUGCGAAAAUGAUGUCAAUCUCAGAUUUUUUGGCAGCAAAACUUCAAAUUCGAUAUAUUACUGAAAACAGCUAACUGGGCCUAGUUUAAGAGCAGUCCAGUUAAAGUACGCCCAGUUAGCGAACGACUACUUUUUCUCGAAUUAAUCGUUCCAUUAUCAUUUGAUAUUAUUUAUUUCAAUUAUGGAAGUAUUUUGUUUUUUACAUUUUCUUCACCUUGAACUUUCAACAACACAAACCGAUGUCCAAAAAUUACAGAACCGUCCACGAGAGGCGCUUCUAAAAUGAGCAGUGAUUCCGAAUUAUAUGUUAUAAGAUCUUAAAUGCUGCUUGUGUCAAUAACAAAAUGUGUGUCAGUGGCGUCGAGUGGAGCUUUAGCACCCGGGUCGAAGUGUCUUGUUCACCCCCACCCUCUUCGCUAUUUGUAUAUGACAUAUGCCGGAUGGCGAAGUAUUCAUAAUUUUAUAUACGAUCAUAAUUUAAUGAUCAUCAUAAUAUAUAAAUCAUAAUUUUAUAUACGAGCACAUUCGUCGUUGCGGUAGUUCAAUUAUGAUAAUGUGGGUCUGCGGUGGGGAUCAGGUGGGAACCUGAUCGUAUUGUUAAGCAUACACAGUCCAGAGAAGAAAAACAAGUGCCACGCGCCAACUUUUCUCGGAAAUGAUCGCCUAGCAAAAUAUUUCAGUGUGUACCAGGUAAUAGCAUACAGAAUGGUCAACUUCCCCAGAUUCUGUUGGGGUUGUUAUUGUUCUAUGCACUAAAUUAGCAUUGGUGAUUUGACGGUGUGGUGUAAUCAUAUGCGCAUACGGUCAUCACUUUCGCUGCUGCUGUCCAUUGCUGCUUUCUUGCAGCCCUCUGUUUGACGCAAGCUUUAACGCAUUUCCCAUUUCAAUUCUGGCUGAACAAAAAUAUAUUUCAACAUGCAAAUCCUAACCUUGCCUAAUUCUUGCAAGUGUUAUUUUCGGCGGGACCUUGGCAGGAAAGCCUGCCACCCUACCUGCAAUUUACAGUGAUUUUCGGCGCCACUAUCCUCCGAUUGUGGAGCAGCGUAUCGGUGUUCUGCUAUUACCCAUUCAAUGCAAAUUGGGGGUGCCGGACGCGCGCGGUCUAUAACAAUCCGCGAUAUAAAACAGUGCGCUUUUCAAAACAGCCUAUCAGUUCCCAUUUUGGCUCCUAAUUGCUUGCGCAAGGUGAAUUGUAUUUUUUUUCUCUUUGGACGCGAUGGUUUGCGAUGGUAGUUCUGAUUUUGGUUCGGUCGAUCUGGAUGAGUGCGUGGUGAUCGCGGGUAUGUCUGGCCGCUUCCCGCGGACAGACAACAUGCGUGAGUAUGCGGACUAUCUGUUCAACAAGCACGACUGCGUGGACGACGAAGAGUCCCGCUGGCCGCACACAAUGCCCGAGGUUCCGCGACGUUCGGGAAAGAUUAACAAUCUGGACAGGUUCGAUCGGGAAUUUUUUGGACUCAGUCGUAAUUUGAGCAACGCGAUGGAUCCCCAGCUGCGGAUGCUGAUGGAGCAUACGUACGAGGCGAUCCUGGAUGCGGGCGUGAAUCCGGAGACGCUGCGUGGUUCGCGCACGGGAGUUUUCUCGGCGAUAUGUUUCUCCGAAACCGAGGCGACGAUGCUGAUGCGGGUUUGUCCGGUGAAGGGGUACGGGAUGUUGGGAUGUGCACGAUCGCAACUGUCAAACAGGAUCUCCCACACGUUUGAUUUCACCGGUCCCUCUAUGGUCGUAGACACGGCUUGCAGUAGUUCUAUGUAUGCCUUCAACCUUGCUCGCAGAUGUAUUUUGAGUGGAGAGUGUGACGCAGCGAUCGUGGCGGGAGUAAACCUUUGUUUGCAGCCCUACAUUACGUACCAAUUUGCUUUGCUUGGUGUCUUAGCUAAAGAUGGCUAUGCUAAGCCCUUCGAUGCUAACGCUUGUGGAUACACUCGGAGUGAGGCCGUUUGCGCCGUGUUUCUACAAAAGGCAAGGGACGCAAAUCGAAUCUACACUCAUAUACUCACCAGUAAAACCAAUUGCGAUGGGUUUAAGCCUGAAGGUAUCGCUUACCCUUCCGGUAAGCUGCAGGGUAAAAUGUUGAAGGAGGCGUACGGCGAAAUCUCGGUGGAUCCGUCGACGAUCUCUUUCAUGGAAGCUCACAGUACUGGGACGAUCGUGGGAGACCCGGAAGAGUGCGAUGCAAUAGACAAGAUCUUCUGUACCAACCGUGAUCGUCCUCUGCCGAUAGGUUCGGUCAAAUCAAACAUGGGACAUGGGGAAGCAGCUGCCGGGUUGGCUUCGAUCGUGAAAUGUGUGUUUGCACUCGAGAGCGGUAUAAUCCCACCCAAUAUUAAUUUCACAACUGUUCGGACGGACGUACCGGCAUUGGUUGCCGGGCGCUUGCAAGUUGUGAGUGAUCCUCAACCUCUCGAGGGAACCCUUGUUGGGGUAAACUCGUUCGGUUUCGGCGGAGCCAACGGACACACCCUGUUGCGUCGUCAUAUGAAACAGAAAGUGGAGUGCGGGGUUCCACAAGAUGAUAUCCCUCGUUUGGUGAUAUGGUCAGGCCGAACUCAGCGAUCGGUUGAAGUUAUGUUCGAGGAUAUCGCACAGCGGGCUCUGGAUGGCGAGUUUAUCUCACUGAUGUACAAUGUUCAGAGACAUCGAACUCCAGCUCAUCGCUAUCGCGGAUUUGCGAUCUUCAGCAAGCAGGGAACGGAGAAACCCAUUGUGGAACUUUCUAAAAUUGAGCGUAUUGCUCUUGAUAUCGCGCCACUAGUAGUGGUUUUCCCAGGUAUUAAUUUACGCUGGAAAGAGGACCUAGAUUCACUCUAUCAGUUCCCACAAGUUCGUCUAACGGUGGCCAAGUGCUGCUCGGUGUUGAAUAACAUCGGCUAUAACUUCUACCAGGUCGAAGACGCCCAAACGGAUAUUUUGAAACUGAUUAUUGGAUCAACAGUACUACAGUUGGCCUAUGUUGAUCUGUUGAAUGCAAUUGGGGUAACCAUAAGUGCCUUCGGGGGUCACUCUAUAGGCCAGUUCACGUGUGCAUACCUUGACCAGUGUCUAACGCUGGAUGAAACGGUCAAACUUGCCUAUGCACACGGAAAAAUAUUCGCCGAAUAUAACGUCAAACUAUCGCACAACGCAUUUCUCGAGCUGGGCGCCAAACGUCCGGCGCCACCCUUAUCCUUCGAUGGAUUUGCUCACGAGAAAACCUUAGCAUCGCGCUAUGGCAUCGUCGGGGGACCUCUGAGUUCAACCCGUACCGUUGUCGACCAGCUGAAGUCACGCGGUUCCAUCGCAGAGCAUCUGCCUUUCGUGAGCUUACGCUGCGACAAAGAGUUUGUCGAAGAGUUGGCGGAACAGCUGGAACACAUCGUUCGGAACAUUGUUCCGAACCAAGCACGGACCUCCUCGCGAUGGUAUAGCGCGAAAUCCUCAUCUCUGUUCACGUCCGCAGCUGUACACGAAUCAACCUCCAUCGUUCAUCUGCUGGAGCGAAUUCCCAGCAAUUGUCGAUUGCUGGUGGCGCUCACCGAACAGCAGUCGAUGGAAUUGGUUGUGAAGCGUCUGAAUCGGACCAUCAGGUGUCUGACCGGCGAUCAGCAACCGGAGAAUUCCGUCAUGAAUGUUUUGUCCACACUGGGGCAGUUGUACCUAUCCCAGCAUGACUUGAAUCUACUCAAUCUGUAUCCUCCAGUGGAGUUUCCCGUUUCGCAAGGUACCAGUAUGAUAUCUCCGUUGAUAAAGUGGGACCACCGGGAGUCGUGUAUGGUUGCACGGUUCGAGUUUUGUUCUGCCAGAAGUUCAACGGUUCAAAAGUACAAAAUUUCUUUAUCUGAUAAGGAGUUUCAGUAUAUCACGGGGCACUGUAUUGACGGAAGGAUUCUGUAUCCGGCAACUGGAUAUUUAUGGUUAGUUUGGGAUCUGAUGGCUAACUCGGGUCGCCUGAAUUUAGUUAGUUGUCCGAUAGAGUUUAGCGAAGUUCAGUUCAUACAGGCAGCCUCGUUGACGAGAGCUCAGCCGAUCUCACUGACCGUUAUGUUGCAAAAGGUGUCUGGAAGGUUCGAGAUCAUGGACGGUACAACGCCCUUGGUGGUCGGUUAUGCCCGGCAGCUUGAAGAUUCUUUCACCGGUUUUCCACCCUGCGAGAAGAGGGAAUCGCAAACCACACUGCUAACCAAAGAUUUCUACAAAGAACUACGACUUCGGGGCUAUCAUUACAACGGGUUGUUCAAAUCGGUACUUGAAGCUGCCAACGAUGGAUCUUCGGCGAAGAUCGAGUGGAAGGGGAAUUGGGUGCCCUUCUUGGAUUCAGUACUCCAGAUCGGUAUCAUCGCAGUCGAUUCGCGAUCUCUGAUGGUCCCGACUGCCAUCGAGAGCUUGACGAUUUACCCACAGCAACAUCUUUCCCUAAUGUCUCGGGAUGCGGAAGAACGAGACUUCUUUGAGGUUAAAAACUGCGCCAUAACCAAUUCCUCCACGUGUGGAGCCGUACGCAUCACUGGCGUUCGAGUUAACAUCAUUGGCAGGCGCAAUCCUCCGGGUGUGCCUGUGCUGGAGACCUACCAGUUCAUUCCGUAUCAUCCAACCACGGAAAUGUCCAUGCUGGAAACUGUACGAAUGUGUGUUCAAAUCGCGCUGGAGAACAAUCCAACUAAUAAACUGAAUUGUGUCGAGAUCUAUGAAGAGGACACUACCGUGCUGCUGCCAUUCUUCGGUGAAGCCGCUGCUGAUCUCCCUCUGAUUAAUCCAACGCUAACGCUGCUAAGCGCUAAAGAAUUGGACAUCCCGAACGUAACAAUCAAAGACGAGAAACUGUACGAACAAUCAAACCUACAGUUUCUAGUGUGCAACAAUAACCUGAGCGAUGCCGCCUUUCUACGGGAUGCCUUAACCAGCCUGACCCUCACCGGGCACCUGGUCAUCCGAAGCGAUCGCGAUCAACCGUUCCAUGUUCCUUCCAAGUUGAAUCAGAUCGCCAGUUUUCCUGUGGAAAACAAUCAAACCCUCUGGCUGCUGCAAGUCGAACCAGUCAGGGAACCCCCGGCGGUGAUUCGAGUCCGCUCGGAUGACACCAACUUCGAUUGGUUACAGGAGCUGAAGGCCACAAUCAAAACAAAGUCGGUUCUGCUGUACACCCAGGAUGAUCCGACGUCCGGUAUCAUCGGGCUGGUGAAUUGCAUCAUUAGGGAGCCCAAAACGAACGGUGUUCAGUGUUUCUUUGUGGAUGACCCAAAUGCCCCCGCGUUUUCCCUAGAUGAUCCCUUCUACAAGCAGCAGAUCGGUUUGAAUAUGGCCAUCAACGUCUAUCGGGACGGAACCUGGGGAAGCUAUCGUCACUUGUUACUGCAGAAUAAGCCUAAGGUUGAGGCCAUCAGCAACCAUUGCUAUGCAAACUGUUUGACCAAGGGUGAUUUGUCAACGUUGACCUGGGUCAACGGUUCCAUGAAUGUUGCCCCACCUAAAGGCGAACUAAUUCGGGUUGUCUACAGUGCUUUGAACUUCCGAGACGUAAUGGUUGCGACCGGUAGAAUCUCCUCGGAUGUGCUAUACGUUGAUCGACUGGAGGAGGAGUGUCUUCUUGGAAACGAAUACUCGGGUGUCUCCGUUAAUGGUCGACGUGUGAUGGGUGUGCUAUCAUCGGGAUCGAUGGCAACUUUGGUUGAGUGCGAUCCGCAGCUAACGUGGACCAUCCCCGACAGUUGGAGUCUGGAAGAUGCCGCCACAGUUCCGGUAGUCUACGGUACGGUGUACAUGGCGUUCUUCGUUUGUGCUCACAUAAAGAAGGGGAAGUCGAUCUUGAUCCACGCCGGCAGUGGAGGAGUUGGUUUGGCUGCAAUCCAGGUGUGUCUCACGUACGGGUUGGAGGUUUUCACCACCGUCAGCACUGCCGAAAAGAGGGACUUCAUCAUGGAAAGAUAUCCUCAGCUCAAGAGGGAGAAUAUUGGCAACUCGAGGGAUAUCUCGUUUGAGCAUAUGAUCAAGCUGAGAACGGGAGGGCGAGGCGUGGACUAUGUGCUGAACUCGCUAGCCGAGGAGAAACUUCAGGCCUCUAUAAGGUGCCUGGGAAGGAACGGACACUUCCUGGAGAUAGGCAAAUAUGACAUGGCUAAAAAUUCGCAGAUUGCGAUGCAGCUGUUCCAGAAAGGGUUAACCUUCACCGCCGUGAUGUUGGACGCCAUGUUCAAAGGGGAAUUCUCAGAAAAACAGCGUCUCCAUGCCCUGCUGACGACAGACAUUAACAAAGGUUUUAUCCGACCGUUGAACACAACGGUGUAUCCGGCGGUAGAGAUCGAGAAGGCGUUCCGUUUCCUUGCCAGCGGCAAGCACAUGGGAAAAAUUCUGCUUCGUAUUCGCGAGCAGGAAGGGGACAUGCAGACCGUACCGAUUGCCCAUCUUCCGAGGGUUUAUUGCAACCCGAACCACACCUACAUCAUCAUAGGUGGUCUUGGAGGGUUCGGACUGGAGCUGGCAGACUGGUUGGUACUGCGAGGCUGCCGGAAACUGGUACUCAGCUCCAGCCGAGGUAUCACGAAACCUUACCAAGAAUUCAGGAUCAAACUAUGGAACAGCUAUGGCGUUCGAACGGUUGUGACCACAGCGGACAUAACAACGCCCGACGGCUGCAAACAACUCAUUCAGCAGGCCGCCGAACUCGGUCUGGUGGUUGCCAUCUUCAAUCUGGCGGUCCAACUGCGCGAUUGCAUUCUUGAAAACCAAACGGUACAAACGUUCACCGAAUGUUUUGCGCCGAAGGCGAAUGCUACGACGUAUUUGGAUGAUGUGAGCCGACAGCUGUGUCCGAACCUACGGUACUUCGUGGUGUUUUCGAGUGUGUCCUGUGGGCGAGGCAACGCCGGCCAGAGCAACUACGGUAUGGCGAAUUCCGUCAUGGAGCGGAUCAUCGAGAAGCGAGUGGCGGAUGGAUUGCCCGGUAAGGCCAUCCAAUGGGGUGCCGUGGGUGAGGUCGGUAUCGUUGCGGAUUUGGCCGAGGAUAAGGUGGACAUGGAGAUUGGAGGUACGCUGCAGCAGCGAAUUUCGUCUUGUCUGCAGGUGCUGGAUAAUCUGCUGUUGAACGAUAACCCGAUCGUGGCGUCCAUGGUUGUGGCUGAGAAGCGGGCUGGGAGUGGCAGUCGAAACAUCAUCGAAGCAGUAAUGAACAUCAUGUGUAUUCGCGAUUUGAAGUCCAUUUCCAUGGAUAGUACACUGGCGGAUAUCGGCAUGGACUCACUGAUGGCAGUAGAGAUCAAGCAAGUGUUGGAGAGGGACUUCGACAUGUCAUUAUCUCCACAAGAGUUGCGGACUUUAACAUUCUUGAAACUACAAAAAUUGGCGGACGAGAAAAAGAUCCGUGACGAAGCUAAGGAUGGUCAUGAACCAGAGAAAGUCGUCAUUGGAUUCGAAAUGUUACUUAGGAAUUUGGGAGAUGAAAAGUUUUGCGAUGAGGUGGUUUUGCGACUACCUUCACUAGCGGAAGAUGGUCGACCCAUUUUGAUUAUCCCGGGUUUGGAAGGAGUGGCAGGAAAAGUGUGGCACACCAUUGCAAGCGGGAUAAAUGCUCCCGUUUUCAUUUUACAAACAUUGGUAGCUGCAGAUCAUCACAGUAUACCCGAGAUGGUUGACCUGAUAAUGGAGGAGCUUUGCGAUAAAGUGUUCCAAGACUUCAACGAUUAUUCGAUUGUGGCUUACUCCUUCGGAUCGUAUAUUGCGCUGGAACUUGCGAGAAGACUACAGAGCAGAAAUAUCUCGGGAAAACUAUUGUUAAUCGAUGGUUCCCCGGCACUCCUUUAUCAGCUUUCAUUGGAAUAUUUAGGGGAAAACCCUCCAGACGCACUGAUCGAGAAAUUCCUAAUGGCGGGUAUCAUCUCACUUGUGCUACCAAAUCAACCGCCAGAGAAAGUGUACUCCAUCAUGGAGGUCCCAACGUACGAAGCUCAAAUCGAGAAACUUAUCGAGGUGGGGAAAGAUAAGGCGGAUUACACGCCAGAUUACACCCGAAGAAUUUCCAGAGCGCUGUUCAACCGCUGCAAACUCGUUUGUCGGCCAGACGCUGCGAACGGGGCAAAAUUAAAUUUGCCGAUUGUCCUGGCAAGAGCAUCGGAAGCAUCCACUUCGAACAUUGGGGAAGACUAUGGGCUGUCGGGUCACACGACGGGGCUCGUAUCGAUUAGAACGGUGAGUGGUACUCACAUGACGAUGCUGGAAAAUCCGGAACUCAUAGAAAUCAUAAAUAGCGUUAAUGUGUAGAUGUAGUUUGUAAAAGAAAAUAAAGAGGUGUUUUUUCUUGCUGGUUAAA